UUCUACAAAUCUUCGAGGGACAAAGCAAUGAACAGAAUUCUGAUUACUGCAGUACUGAGCCUUUAUUUUGCAUACGUAAUUUCUUCACAUCUGGAAAUCAGCAAGAAGAAGGAUGACAUGAUUUUUGCACAGGAAUUCCUCAGCAGAUUCUAUAAUCUAAACAGUAAGAGUACAAGUUCUGGAAGAAGUAUAGGUGAAAGUAUGUUUGAAGCCAUCAUAGCAAUGCAGGAAUUUUAUGGAAUCACUGUAACUGGAGAGCUGAAUUCAGAGACUUUGGAAGCAAUGAGUAAGCCAAGGUGUGGCAUUCCUGAUGUCCGAAAUUAUGCCCAUUACGCCGGGAAGAUCAAGUGGCCGAGAACCAAUAUAACAUACAGGAUCUUAAAUUACACGCCAGACUUGACUCCUGCUGAGGUUGAUGAGCAAAUCUGUAAAGCUUUCAAAGUUUGGAGUGAUGUCACUCCUUUGACAAUAACCAGGAUUCACGAUGGCACUGCUGAUAUCACCAUCUCAUUUGGAUCUCGAGCUCAUGGAGACUAUUUCCCUUUUGAUGGACGUCAUGGAGUCCUGGCUCAUGCUUUCCCUCCAGGUAAUGAUAUAGGAGGAGACACCCACUUUGAUGAAGAUGAAACAUGGACCAGAAACUCAGAUGAUUACAACCUGUUUCUUGUGGCUGCCCAUGAGUUUGGUCAUGCUCUCGGACUUUCUCAUUCUGAUGAUGAUACUGCACUAAUGUUCCCUACAUACUCCUAUGUUAAUACAGAGAACUUUGUGCUCUCAAAAGAUGAUGUAGAAGGGAUCCAAAUUCUCUAUGGUCCUCGUAUGGAUGGCACUCCAACUGAUCCAAAAACAGAGCUUCCAAAUUCUCCAGCAUUUUGUAAAUCCAAUGUAACCUUUGAUGCUGUUGCUAACUUACGAGGCGUUCUGCUUUUCUUCAGGGGCAGGUUAAUUUGGCGCAAAUACCCUAAUGGAGGGCAUCUUGAAUCUACAAUGCUUCAGUCAAUCUGGCCAUCUCUUCCAUCCAGAGUUGAUGCUGCUUAUGAAAUUGAAGAAAAGGAUGAACUUUGUCUUUUUAAAGGAACAAGAUAUUGGCUUAUUCGUGGUCAGAGUCUCUUACAAGGUUUUCCUCAAACAAUUCGUCAUUUGGGAUUUCCAAAAGGUGUCAAAAAGAUAGAUGCAGCUUUAUAUUUAGAAAACACGAAGAAGACACUUUUCUUUAUUGAAAACAGCUACUGGAGUUAUGACAAUACCAAACAAACAAUGGACAAAGGGUUCCCAAGGCAGAUAACCCAGGAUUUCCCAGGCAUUGGAAAUAGGAUAGAUGCAGCAGUUAGCUAUAGAGGAAAUGUGUAUUUCUUCAGUGGACAAAAACAGUUCCAGUAUGAUAUGGAAAGAAAACGUGUUAACCAGAUAUCAAGAGCUAACAUCUGGAUAGGAUGUUAAGAAAAUGUCACUGAAUAAUUAAACUGAUCAGAAUAAUAACUGCAUUCUUUUCCAUACAGAUAUUUUUGCCAAAGUAUUGUAUAUCUAAUUGAUGGAAUACAAUUUAAAAUGAUCAUUUUAUAUUUAUUGAAAAACAAUAUUUAUGAAAAAAAGUCCUGCAUUUGUAUAGCAGUUUAUACAAAGCACUUAAACAGACACACACACACACACACACACACACACACACACACACACACACACACACACACACACACACACACACAAUCAGUGGAUUCACUAACAAUGAAUGAACGAAUGAAUGAAUGAGUAGCUGUAGACAUUUAAUACUAAACACACCCUCAUUUACACAUGGCCUGGAAAAUUCAUGCAUUCGUCUUUUGAGUAAACCAAAGCACUGCAGAAAUUUGCCUUCUCAGAUUAACUAGCAUUUUGAGUUCCUUCUCCUCUACCACAAUAUCAUAAGAAAUUGGAUGUUUAUUGAGAACCUUUAAUUAGCAUUUUAUUCAAGUGAUGACAUAUCCCAUUAUUAUAGAACUACUCUUAGAUACUCAAACUAUUUUUUAUUCUUAGUUCCAGCCAUCUACUAUGCAUAGACCUAUAUGUCUUAUUUAUUAAAGAUCAAAGAAUGUUGAAAGUGGGAAAAGAAAACAAAGUAUAGUUUUUCAUUGUGUGCAUAUUUUAUAUUUCUGUUAAAUAUUUAUAUUAAAAUGUACUUUUGUUACUUGUAAUGCAAAUAAAAUAUAUUUUACAUAAGAUCUGCAUUUGGUCUCUGAUUUUCAAGCAACAGUUUUGCAAACUUAACUAUUGGCAUUGACAAAAGAAAGGCAUGCAGUUUCAAAAAAUAACUGAUUUAGUAAAUUCUUUGGUGUUACUAUACUCAAGUACUUCAAUUAUUGCUUGCAUAUGAUAGUUUCUCCAUAUCUCAACAUGACU